AGGAAGUUUAUAUCAUGAAAUGCAAACAUUCUUUUGAUACUUAAAUUCAUUGUCGAUAAAAAAGUCUGGAAGAAGUUGUGGGUACAGUAUAAGAAUGUGGGGAAUUCUGCCUAGAGACUUCACCAGCAGCAGCACAGUUUGGGUCUUAUUUUGUAUUUUUACUGUGGCAGCAAAUAAUUGUCCAUCCAUCUGUCGGUGCUACAGUCGUACUGCAGAUUGUUCUAAUCAAAAUCUCACUUAUAUACCACGGCUUCCACAAGGAAUUCAGAAAAUAAAUCUUUCAGGGAAUUUUUACCAGAAUCUUACAAGUAAGACAUUUGAGAAUGUGUCCAGGGAACUUAAAGUGAACUAUUUAGAUUUGUCUGAAUGUAACAUUCUUGUGGUAGGCGUCGGCGCCUUCAAAGGAUUUCAGAAUCUUACACACUUAAACAUUAGUUACAAUGUCUUUGAGGAAGUAAAUUUAUCGGAUAUAUUAAAUUUAGGAAUUGAAGAACUCGACCUCUCUGGAACAAAAAUAAAUAUUAAUAGAUUUGCUGCUGUAAAAAGCAGGUCAAUACGGAAACUCUUUCUGGAUAAGAACAAAAUAAAAAACAGAAUUAACAGUUCCAUUUUUGAAAAUUUACCAAACAUCGAGAAUCUCACGCUCGAUGACAAUGGAAUAUAUAAUAUAUCGCUUGAGGGGCUGGGCAAUAUUUCGAUAUUAUCUCUAAAAUUAAACGAAAUUAUAUUUUUUCCAUUAUUUUGUGAUUCGAAUAAUAAGUCUUUGACUCCAUCAUUGGUGUAUUUGGAUGUCCAACAAAACCACAUUUCAAAUCUGAAAAACUUGGAAAAGUCAUCAAUGUGCUUGACCUCUCUGACUCAUUUGGAUCUUUCUUACAAUCCAAUACGGAUUCUGAGGAACGAUACAUUUGUCCACCUACCCAAUUUAACAAAUCUUUAUCUUAAAAAUUUAUUCAGUGUAGAAAAUAUUUUUGAGGAAAGAUCUUUAUCUUCCACCUCUCUGCUAGAACUCCACAUUGGGAACAUCGGUGCAAAAUAUCCUCCAUCUUUUGAUUCAAGCUGUGUUUUCCACAACAUACCAAAGCUGAUGAUAUUAAAGAUGGCGCGAUUUGAUCUGAUGAAUGCAAAUAUGUCUUUAUUGUUGGAAUUUUUGAUCAACCUCGAGGAGCUUGUUAUAUACGAUUGCCAUCUGUUACAAAUUCCUCAUAUAAUUUCUAAUUUGACUCGUCUCAAAAUACUGGAUUUUGGAAGCAAUUUUAUUGGCACUUUACAUGCUUAUUUAUUUGAAGAUUUGAAGUAUCUUGAAAGUUUAUCAUUAACGGCAAAUAGAUUCAGUGUGAUUGACAAUAAUUCUAUUUCCAUUUCAACACUGGAUAGUCUUUCUCUUCUAGACCUUCGCUUCAACCCGUAUGCUUGCACCUGUGACCUAUACUGGUUCAUAAACUCUGUACUUAUAGAAAGGAGAGGUAUUUUGUUCCAAAAAGAGCAAGAAUCUUACCAGUGUUCCUCUCCAAUAAAUCUGUACAACCGAACCUUGACGGUUUAUAACCCAUCAUAUUAUGAAUGUCAUUCUUUGUCGACACAAGGAGUGAUUGCGAUCACUGCAGUCUCCAUUUUUAUUUUGCUGAUCAUUCUCGUUGUUCUCUACAAAAAAUACAAAUGGCAUAUUAAGUACUAUGCUUAUCUCCUCCGAUCACGGAAAGGAUAUGAAAAAAUAGAAGGAACGGAUGAGUCCGAUUUUUUAUUUGAUGCCUUUGUUGCCUACAAUGAAGAUGAUCGUUCGUGGGUUAUCUCCAACCUGAUGUCGGAACUUGAGGGUAAGGAGCAAUAUCGCUUAUGUCUUCACGAGAGAGACUUCCUUCCUGGAAGGACCAUUUUCUCACAAAUUUCUCACACCAUACAGAGAAGUAGGAAGGUCAUUCUGGUAAUAUCAAACAGCUUUGCAAAAAGUCAAUGGUGUCAGUACGAGACUUUGGUGGCACAGAAUCGACUGAUUGAUGACGGGGCCAAUGUACUAAUUGUGGUGCUGUUGGGAGAAAUACAGAGCAAAUACAUGACGGACUCUUUGCACAUGUUAUUUCGUUCUAUGACCUACAUAAGAUGGCCACAGGCACAUUCUCUUGGAAGGGAACUUUUCUGGAACAAGAUUAAACUUGCAAUGAAACAAUGAUGUAACGAUCGUUAAUUUCAGUUUUAGGUAGCAGGGGGUUGAACACUCAUAUAAAAAAAGCAGUGUUUUGAUAGGAUGUUGAAAAUCAUGUAGCAAAACUUGAUUUACAAUUGUGCAGAAUUAUAUAUUUUCAAGAAAUUUUAUUGUACAUACUUGUUAGAUAUUUUUAAUUCAAGCUCAAUAACCACCAAUAUUUCCUUAUUUCUUAAAAGAUAGAGUUUGUAUCGCGUUAAUUAAUCAAUAACACUUAAAGUUUUCGAAAUACAUUUAAAGAGACACGAUUAAAUGAAAUGCCCAUCUGGUUCAUCAAAAUUGGUACCGUAUAUGACCCGUUUUACAGGUUUAAUAUUUACCAUAUUAACCAAAUUCUCUCUUGGCUUUUGAAGUUAGGAACAUAACUAUAUAUAUUUUUGUCGAUUAAAAAAAUUUUGUUUAAAUUAAGGGCUUUAAAAUUUAGAUAAGAUUAAUUAACUGACUUAAGAUAAAUAUCUCUGUGACUAUGCUUACUUAGUAAGAAAAUUGAUUAUUUGUCACUAAUUAAUUUAAGAAUUAAAAUUUCACGUCAAAUUUUUGUGCUUAACCAUUGUUUGUUCGAUUGUUUUAAUUUGUUUUUCUUCUUCUUUUUUAACAUGUUAUUAUAUUACAAAUCUAAGUCAUGAUCAUGACUCGCUUCUGUUUCGAUGACACUGUUAGGAAGAUAAAAUUCUUUAAGUGUUCCGUGUUGUGGAUAAAAUCUCAUCUUUUUUUACCCUAUGUAUUAUUCAACUUUUCUUCUGAUAUUUUGUGUUAGUAUUAAUUCUAUUUAUUUAUUUUUAUUUAUUUGAUUGUUUUGUUUGCUUUUCUA